CAAACUUGCCCCAAAAAGCCCCUCAGCCACAGCCGCCAUUCUUGGUUGCAACCCAACCGAGUCCGCCGCGGACCACUCGUUGCUUUUCGGCUCUAGCAAUCUCUCCACCGUUCUUCGUCUCCCUCCAUCUAGAGUUCCAGGAGACCCCAGGCAUCCUAGCUUCCACCACCGCAAUCCCUCUCUCCCUUCCCUCCUCCUCGUCGUCGUCCCCGUCCCACCGCUGAACUGCGCCGCGUGGAGUGGCGGUCCAUCAAGACUUGGAUCGGUUGCUCUUUCGUAGUUUGUUUCUGUCAGAGGAUGAUGCUUCUCGCCAACCUCGGGGCACCGAGCCUGCCAGGUUGUAUGAUGGAGAGAAGGAGACUACUGUUGAUCCCUGCAAUUAGUAUCGGCAUUGGCUCCUUUCAGUACACUUUCGAGAAGGGAGCGGCAAAAGCUGAAUUUGCUGAUAUGCCUGCACUUCGCGGCAAAGAUUAUGGAAAGACCAAAAUGCGGUAUCCAGAUUACACUGAAACAGAAUCAGGCCUCCAGUAUAAGGACUUGCGGGUUGGUGAUGGCCGUUCCCCAAAGAAUGGGGAGACAGUCGUGGUUGAUUGGGAUGGCUAUACAAUUGGAUACUACGGUCGUAUUUUUGAAGCUAGAAACAAGACCAAAGGUGGUUCUUUUGAGGGUGGUGACAAAGACUUCUUCAAGUUUAAGCUUGGAACGGGACAGGUCAUACCAGCUUUUGAGGAGGCUAUAUCAGGCAUGGCUCCCGGAGGAGUUAGAAGGAUAAUCGUACCACCAGAUCUUGGAUACCCAGAUAAUGACUACAACAAGUUGGGUCCAAAACCAACAACAUUCUCGGGUCAAAGAGCUCUUGAUUUUGUCUUACGGAAUCAAGGAUUGAUAGACAAAACUCUACUGUUCGACAUUGAGCUUCUCAAGAUAAUUCCAAAUCAAUAGUAUAUAUACAAUGGAAAUUCUGACAAUCUUUUUCGGGGAAAGAAACACAAGUUUUGAGCAUGUGUCAAUUGAAGAUCAGUGAACAUGCAAAUGUGUAUACCAUGUAAUCGGAUGUGAAAAGAAUAUUUUCAAAGCUUAUGUGUGCACGUAAUGGUGUCAGCAUAUCUGCAUACAUCUCCA